AUGCAUGGAUCGUGAGUUGUGAUUGGACGAGAGGGAGGAAAGGCAGAUCCAUUUGUUACGCGCUUUGCGAUUGGCUGGCUCAUAAAGCCCUUUGGUUUGUGUGUUUGUUUGGUCUUUCCGUUGAGAGCCGCCGCAGCCGCCCGGGAAAAGGAGCAAAAGCGAGUCAGUGCUUGCAGAUUGAAGCUGGAAUUGAGGACCAUGACUUCUCCUCCCAGAACUCCCUCUGUGUCGAAAAGGCCAGCCACCAGCCAUGGUUCCCCAUCUCCUAAAGAGAAGGAUUCAACUCCUCUGCCUUCAAUCAAUGAGCGCUUGGCCUACCUCCGCCCUUCACGAGAACUUCUGGAGUACUACCGAAAGAAGAUUGCAGAGUUUGAUGAAGAGCAUGAGGAGCUAGUCAAAAGGCUAGAGAGAUAUAAAGCAACGUAUGAUGAACAGCACAAAUUACAAUGGGAGAUGCGGCAACGUGAAGAAGAAAUUGCAGAACUGCAGAAGGCUUUGAGUGACAUGCAAGUUUACCUCUUCCAGGAGAGAGAGCAUGUGCUGCGUCUUUAUGCUGAGAAUGAUCGGCUGAAAAUCAGGGAGUUGGAGGACAGAAAGAAAAUCCAGCACCUUUUGGCUUUAGUCGGAAGUGACAAUGGAGAAAUCACCUAUUUUCACAAAGAGCCACCACACAAGGUCACUAUUCCUCAGAAGCCAAUCAAGAAAAGAGAUUUCCAUGAUCAAAAUAAAUCUGCUUUAAAAACAGGAAUUAAAUGCUCUACCUCAAAAUCAACAGCAAAGGGGGAGAAACCAGAAAAUGGGGAUAGAUACGUGACAGAUGAUCAAACUCUCUUAUUACAGGUGGAAGCUCUUCAGGCUCAACUAGAGGAACAGGCCAAGCUGUCCAAGGAGCAGACUGAAGCCCUACUAGAGGACAGGCGAAUCCGCAUAGAGGAAACACAAGUCCAGCAUCAGAGGGAUCAGGAUAAGAUCAAAGAACUUACAGAAAAAUAUCACAAAGCUCAGAACAUGUUGUAUGAGAGCACCAGAGAUUUUCUCCAGAUGAAGUUUGAUGCACGGGCAAAUGAGAAAUCUUGGAUGGCUGAGAAGGAUGCCCUCCUAAGGAAGCUGGACAAAAGCAAAGGUGCAAAGUGGAGGAGAGUUCGGCGGGAGGAUGGUCAGGGAAAAGUGGACAUCAGCCAGAGUUUGGACAGUAGCCCAGAUGAGUGGGGCAACAACAGUCCAUGUCAGCAAGCAUCUUCCUGCAAGACGCUAGAAGGAAACCAGAGAAAGGAUGCCAGACCCACUUCUCGAGCAGAAUAUGAAUGCCAUAAGCUAUAUGGUGCAGAGAUUAAGAGACUACAGGAGCAAUUAGCACAGGAGCAACGUUUGACAAAUAUGUACCGAGAGCAAUGUAUUUCCCUGGAGGAGCAGCUGGCCAAGAUUCAGGAAGAAGGAGACGUGGGGAGAGAGAUCUUCAAGGAACGCUCAGAAAAGAUGGGGAACCGCCUACAACUAAUGAACCAGCGCUAUGAGGCUUUAGAAAAACGGCGUGCCAUGGAGGUGGAAGGUUUCAAGACUGACAUUAAAUUACUUCGACAAAGGGUGAAGGAUGUUGAAAAACAACUUUUCAAGGUGGCAAUGACAGUGGGGCCAGACCAAGACCUUGCAAUUCUCCAAGAGGUCCGUCAGGGAAAUAAGAGAACGAAAAAGAUUCAAGGGGAACUGAGAAAUUUAAAGUCCAAAAUCUAUGGACUGGAAAAUGAGUUAAGAGUCUGCUGAGUAGUGAUAUAAAGGCCAUUGUUCCAACCACUUUCUCGUUACCUUCAGUCAAAACAUGUAGCUUCCUGUGAUUUUAGGACAUAGCUCUUUAUGCUCCAGGACUGAAGAACUAUUGUAAAGUUAAUGUGGGAUAGAGAUUUUUUUCAAACUGUCUUAUUUUACUUUUUUUAAUACACAUAUUCAUAUUUGGCUUCCUCUUCUUCAAGUGUCAAUUUAAGCAUACAUUGAGCCAGAGUCAUUGAGUAAUUUCUUAUUUCCCCACACAAGUGCCUGUAGCUGGAGGAUUGUUUUUCUUGUCACACUAUGCAGCUAUCACCAGAAAGCUGAUGAGUGAAUCAUGUUGCUCUGAGUGUCAUUGGUUAUUAUGCAGAAGGAAGAAUCCUCCACAUCUCUUCCUGCAACAGCUUGUAAAGCAGGACUGGAAACACUGUAUGAAGAAGAAGACUUCUGAUGUUAUGCCAGAGUUGUAUACUCUGAAUCAGAAGCAAGAUUUCAGGUGUUAAUCUGAGCAUUUUAAGACUUCUAGGCAAAUCUAAAGUUAAAAGCAAAACCUAUAAAUUUUAAGUGGAUUUUGCCUCCAUGUAAUUAUGUUUAGAAUUAUAGUCCUGCAAACAUUUUUAUCUUUAGUGAUAGAAUCAUAAGGUGACAGUAUGUUUACCUAGCUUAAAGAGUGUUUGGGACUGCAUUCUUGUGUCCAAAUGAACAACUCAGAUCAG